GGAUACAGGCACAAACACACUCAUUCAAACAACAGCAAAGAAGAAGACCCUCUAAUUUCUCAUUUCUGCAUAUUAUUUUCAUUAAAUGGAACCAGCUAUGAAAAAGCCAACCAAAGCAAUUUCUAUGUCUAAAUUAAUUGGAUUUGAUCAGAUUUCAACAAAAUCGGAUCAAAUCUCAUUUGAAGAUGUUAAGAUUCUCACUUCUAAUGGACUUAAAAUCUUUGCUAACUCAAUUAUAUUGGGCUCAAGUUCUAAAGUAUUGGAGAAAAUCUUAGAUCGACCAAGUAAAUAUCAGAAUUCUGUGAAGGUAAUUCCAAUUCUUGGAGUUCCUUGUGAUGCUGUAACCGCUUUCAUACAAUUUCUUUAUUCAUCAAGAUGCACAGAAGAAGAAAUUGAUGGAUAUGGAAUUCAUCUACUAGCUUUGUCACAUGUUUUCUCUGUACAACAACUGAAACAGAGAUGUACAAAAGGAUUGUCAACAAGAUUAAUGGUAGAAAACGUUGUUGAUGUUCUUCAACUUGCUAGAUUAUGCGAUGCACCUGAUCUGUAUUUGAAAUGUAUGAGAUUCUUAUCGAAGGAAUUCAAAGCUGUUAAGAGAACUGAAGGGUGGAAAUUCUUAAGAGCCAAUGAUGCUGUUCUUGAACUCGAAAUCUUACAAUACCUCGACGAGAUCGAAUCGAGAGAUAAAAAGAGGAGUAGAAGUAAAGAAGAACGGGGUAUAUAUCUAGAGCUAAGCGAAGCGAUGGAAUGUCUUGAACAUAUUUGUACAGAAGGUUGUACAAACGUCGGACCAUAUGAUAGAGAGCCAACUAAGAAAACUGGACCAUGUGAAAAAUUCUCAACUUGCCAAGGUCUACAAGGUUUGAUCAAACAUUUUGCCAUGUGUGAGAAGAGAAUGAACGGUGGAUGUUGUAGGUGCAAGAGGAUGGGGCAACUUCUUAAACUUCAUGCUUCUAUUUGUGAUCAAGAUGAUCAUCGUUGCAAAGUCCCUUUGUGCAGACAAUUCAAAUUGAAAAAUCAACUGGAAAGAAAAGCAGCUGAUGGACGAUGGAGACUACUAGUAAAAAGAGUGGCAUGUGCAAAAACUGUAUCUUCCUUGUCUUCACCAAAAAUGAUGAUGUUGAGAAGGAAAGAAGAAGACAGGUGUCAAAGGUGAUGCUGGGAACAUCAGAUUAGAAGCUUCAGACCCUAAUUAUUCGUUUUAGGUGAUCUGUUUGGGAUCAAAUUUUGCAUAAUGGGGUUUUUGGUCAUGGAUAGAUAUCAGUUAGUGUCGGUAGAAAUUAUUAGUAUUAUACAAUGUCUUCAGGGUAGUAAAUAGUGGCCGAGCUUUCUUUUUCUUUGUAGCAAGAUGGCUACAUUGGCCAAAAUGGGAAAAAUAUGUAGAGUACAAUAUUAUUGCUAAUACAAAUGAAAUUGAUGUUGCCAUUUUACACUGCA